AAGAGCUAAAGAGCCGAGCCAGGGUUGGAUUGAGCUUGGCUUUGGCUUGUUAGCUGAUCGAGUUCAGUUUACGAAUCUAAUCCAUCUGUUGCUGGAAGCGAAAGAAGCCGACGCUACAAUGGGAAUCGAUCGAGCUGCGAUCGAGAUGGUCCUCUCGUUCCAGUUCUGGAGAAUGGCUAUUUUAUGGCCCCUUGCCCUCCUGUACUGCUACGCCAGACUCAACCUCGCCGCUCUCUUCCGUCGCCGCACGUCGCCGAGGGAGCACUUUCGUUGUCGCUUAGUCCCCGAUUCCGCCGGCGGUAAUUUCAGGCGUCCCAUCUGCAUUAUUACUGGGGCGACGUCUGGCUUGGGCUUGGCAACAGCAAGGGCCCUGGUAGGCGAGGGCUAUCACGUUGUUCUAGCUGGGCGUUGUGCUGAAUCUUUAUACAGGACCAUUCAGGAAAUUAAGCAAGAGUAUGAAGAAGCUCAUCUAACAACGUUCCAGGUUGAUUUGUCAUCUCUUCAAUCAGUUGUAAAGUUUGAAGCUUCCUUUAAACAAUGGCUUCUUGAUUCAGAUCUCCAUCCUUCGGUUCAACUUCUUAUUAACAAUGCUGGGAUAUUAGCUACAUCUUCCAGAAUAACUGCUGAUGGAUAUGACCAGAUGAUCCAGACAAAUUUUAUCAGUGCUGUUGUGCUGACUAGUCUUCUACUUCCUUUGAUCAAGAACAGUUCCCUACCUUCUCGAAUUGUUAAUGUAACAUCUUUUACCCAUCUUUGUGCAUCUAAUAUGAAGAUUGAUUGCAAAAAAUUUAGUCGCAAUACUAUCUCGGAGAAGUAUCCUUUUGCUUCUAUCUAUGAGUACUCUAAGUUGUGUUUAUUGCUUUUUUCAUAUGAACUCCACCGUAGACUUCGUGCAGAAAAUCUGUCAUCCAAAAUUUCCAUUAUCCCUGUUGAUCCGGGAGUGGUUCACACCAACAUACUACGGGAAGUUCCUUCAUGCCUUUCACAGCUUGCUUUCAGAGUCCUGAGCUUCUUGCACCUUCUCCAAUCUCCUGAAGCUGGUGCUUCUUCAAUCAUAGACGCUGCAUUGGCACCUUCUAAUGUAUCAGGAGAGUAUUUCUUUGGAGGAAGGGGAAGAAGAAUGGGUUCUUCAUCUCUGUCUUAUGAUGCAAAAGCUGCUUCCCAGCUGUGGCUGAAUACUUCAAUUUUUGAAGAGCAGGUAAGCCUGCUAAGAUCUUCUUUAGCCUGAAAUUUUGUUAUGAGUUUGACGCGAUUUGAUUGAUAUUUAUUUAAUGAAAUUUACUUAUCUACCACACAAUUCUUAUGCAUUUACAUGUUUAGCACUUAAAAUUGAUAUUUACAUUUAUAGGACUUUAGUAUCAUAAAUCUUUGCAUGAGAAAAUGUACAUGCCACUUAUAUAUGUAAGUUAAAAUAGUGGCAUUUUUUAUGUGAUAUGGAAGGUUUUGGUGAUAUACAUGUAAAA